UAGAAAGCUUCACCCCUUAAUUUCCACUUGGGCCCCCCUUUUCAGGAACCUAUAGCACCUUAGGGCCAACGUGCAUAGGAGUAAACCUAUACCCGGGGGCCAAAGUGGGUUAGGUUGCUCUCAGUGUCUGUAGAAGACUUUAUUGCGUACGAGCCCACACUCAAAAAUCAGCUGGAAGGUGGCCGGCAACAGACGGCAGAGAAGAGCAGUUCACUUGAAAAAAAGAAGCUGUUGUGAAAAUCAAGAUGUUUAAAAUAUGUAGAUCUAAGGAGGAGGAGCCGACGGCUCCAGGGCAGGUGAGAAUAAAAGUGAAGUCAAUGGUGCCUGGAGUUAUGAUCACCCAGCAUGUGGAAGAACUACCUGAGGGCAUGACCAACCCAGAUUUCACCCGGAAACCCAUUGCUCUAACUAUUCAAGAAGGAAAAUUGGCAUUCUUCAGAGCAAUUGUUGUGGGCACCCCAACACCAACUGUGACAUGGAUGAGAAAUAAUGGGGAAAUUACUGAAGAAAGGUACAAAGUCGUGGACGAAGGCGCUGGUGAAUAUCAACUGCAGAUGCCCGGUGUAUCGUCGGACCUAGCUGACACCUACAAGUGUUGUGCCAGAAAUGAAUAUGGAACAGCGUUUGUUACGGUUACGCUCAAUGUUAUUGAGGUUGGCUUUAAGAAGGCCAGAGCCAUGCAAGAAUCAAGGACAGCUGUCAGAGAGACACCCGAAGACUUCAAAAAGGCCUUAAAAAAUAAGGUUGACAUGGCCGCAAAAGAAGACAAAAAACCUGAAAUCGAUGAGAAGUUUUGGGAACUUUUGUUGAGUGCAGAAAAGAAAGAUUAUGAGUCCAUCUGUGCUCAGUAUUGUGUCACUGAUUUCCGUGGGAUGUUAAAGAAACUAAGUGAAAAGAAGAUGGAAAGGGAGGAAGAGCAAUCAAAGGUGGUUGAAAGGCUAUGUAACCUAAAGCCCAUCGAACUGAAGCCGGGUGGUGGCGCAGAGUUUGAACUUGAAAUGUCUCUUAAAGACCCUACCAGCAAAAUCUUUUUAUUCAAGGAUGGAGUUAUGGUACCUUUUGAUCUCGACACAGAGAUUAAGCAUGGACUGAAGCAAGUGGGAAAGAAGUUUGUGUUUAGCAUCAAUGGUGUUGACCAAGACGAUGCAGGACUAUACCAAGUGGAAGUGGAUGGUAUUAAGAUUUUCUCGACUGAGUUCAAACCUCCCCCUGUGGACUUCUUGGUUAAGUUAGAAGACGUGAAAGCAGAGGAAAGAGAGGAUGCUAUGUUUCAGUGUGUCGUAUCUCAACCAAUGAAAAGGAUCACUUGGUUGGGAAAGACAGUCGCACUGGAGCAGGGGGAAAAAUAUGACAUCCUUGUUUCAGAGGAUAUGCUGAUUCACUCAUUGGUGGUAAAGGACUGCCUGGUAGUGGAACAAGGCAUUUAUGCUGCUGUGACUGGACUUAAAUCCUGCAAUGCAUGGCUUAUAGUGGAAGCUGACAAAGAUCCAGCCACAAAAGGGAAGAAGAAAGUUCGCAAAACAACCAGAGCAGGUGGUGGUAGAGCAGAUAUUUUGAAGAUUGCAGAGGAGCAACAGGCUAAGAUAAUGCAAGAGAGAGAGGAGCUUAUUGCAAGGGCGAGGGCAGAAGCAGCAGCAGCAGCUGAAGCAGCCGUAAGAGCUGCAGCGGAGAAAGCCGAGGCCAAAGCUAGAGCAAGAGCGGAGGCCAAAGCUAAGGCAUUGAAUGCAGGAGAAGCAACCACUGAUGAGGUGGAAGAGAUUAAUGAAGAGGGCGAAAAGGUGGAAAAAACAGCUAAGCCCAAAAAGGAAGGAGAGGCUCCUGGUGAACUUGAAGAAGAGGAAGAAGGGGAGCCCACUCAAGAGAGAAGAAAGAGAGUGAGAACAGGCCCACUUGUCCCUGACACAGUUAUUGAUCCAGGAGUAUAUUUCACUGCCGGAAUGUCCAAUGUAACAGCAAUCAUUGGUACGGAUGCAGAACUGGUCUGCAAGCUGAGCAGUGAGGACUGUGAAGCAUUCUGGUACAAAGAUGGGAAAGAGAUUACAGCUUCAGAUGAUAUCUGUAUUGUUAAAGAUGGGAAUUUCCGCAAACUAAUUAUCAAAAACUGCAAAGAAGAUGAUGCUGGAAAGUACCGCUGUGAAGCAGAUGGGCGUAAAACAGAAGCUUCGCUAUGUGUUGAAGAUCCUCCAAGAAUUAACCCUGAUGACCUUACUGAAUUUAUUAAACCUGUCGUAAUCAAAACUGGGAAAGAAGCUUCUUUCAAGCUGUCCUUUGUUGGCCGUGAACCCAUGAAGAUCCAGUGGUACAACGAGGGAGAAGAACUGUUUGAAGAAUCCCAUACCAGAAUCGAGAGGUCUUCAACAAAUAGCCGCCUGGUGCUUACCAAGUGCCAACGGAAAAUCACAGGAGAAAUUAAGAUUAAGAUUAAAAAUGAAUGUGGAACGACUGAGGCGAUCACGCAGCUUGUUGUUCUAGACAGACCAACACCACCCAUGGGACCUGUGGAUAUCAUUGAAAGUAAUGCAACUUGUAUUGAUAUCAAAUGGAAGAAUCCCAAAGAUGACGGAGGUUCUCCUGUCACCGACUACAUCCUGGAGCGCCAGCAAAUUGGCCGUAACAGCAGGAAGAAGUUAGGCAAGAUUGGACCAGAGGCUAAAUACAGAGAUACUGAUGUGGAUCAUGGCAGAAAGUACUGCUACCACAUCAGGGCAGAAACUGAUCAAGGCAUCAGUGACCUGAUGGAGACUGAUGACAUCCAGGCAGGGACAAAGGCUUACCCUGGACCUCCUUCAAUACCUAAAAUUGAAAGUGCUUUCAAAGACUGUAUCAAUCUUGCUUGGUAUGCACCUACCAAUACCGGAGGAACCGACAUUUUGGGAUACAACAUUGAGAAACGCAAGAAGGGCAGUAAUCUGUGGGGCUUUGUCCACCCAGCCGAUCAGCCCAUCAGAGGGAAAACGUAUGCAUGUAAGGAUGUUGUUGAAGGCCUCGAGUAUGAGUUCCGUAUAUCAGCUAUCAACAUUUCUGGUGCUGGAGAGGCAAGUGCGCCUUCUGAAUUUGUGUUUGCAAGAGAUCCAAAGGAGCCUCCUGGUCAGGUCAUUGACCUGAAGGUGACAGACUCCACAUACACCACCUUAUCACUGGGCUGGACCAAACCCACGGAAGAGGAAGGGGUCCAAGAUGAGGCCAAAGGAUACUUUGUGGAGCUCAGACCAGCAGAAAACCCAGAAUGGAGUCGUUGUAACUCCAGUCCUAUCAUUGUUACAUCCUUUACUAUUAUCGGUCUGAAGUCUAUGGCCAUGUACUGGGUGAGAGUUGUAGCCACCAAUGAGGGUGGAGACGGUGAGCCUCAAGAGUUAGACAACUACAUCAUUGCAAUGCCUCCUCCAGUGAGACCACAAUUCACCGACAAAAAAAUGAAGAACUUCAUUGUAAUGAAAGCCGGAAAUUCUGCUCGAGUCAACUACAACUUUGUGGCCUCUCCAGUACCAACUAUCAAAUGGCUAAAGGACGGCCUUCCUGUCGGCAAGAAUGUGACAUUGAGCAACACAGACAAUUCAUCGCAGUUAAUGAUCCCCUCAUCAGAGCGGCAGGACACUGGGAUCUACACAAUCAUUGUGAAGAACAUGGUUGGUCAGGAGACCUCAAGUGUUGAGAUAAGAGUCACAGAUGACCCCAAGCCCCCGGGCCCCGUGGAGCUGGAAGAGAACGUGUCGGGAACAGUGACAGUCUGCUGGGAUCCCUCUCCAGAUGAGAAGAAAGACGACAGGCUGCACUACAUGAUCACCAAGCGGGAUUCUGUGAAGUGUACUUGGCAAACUGUGGCAGACCAUCUCUUCAAUAACAAGUGCACCAUCAUCAACAUCAUGCCAGGAACGCAGUACAAGUUCCGGGUCUAUACCAAGAAUGACAUGGGUCUUUCCGAACCCUCUGAGUCACCAUUCUGGGAAGUGAAGAAAACAAAAGAAACAUUUUCUUUAAACCUUCCUGAAUCUAAAACGUGCAGCUUCGACACGCCUCCCUCAUUCUCUGUCCCACUUAAAAAGCACAACAGUCCAGAGAGCUACGAGUGCUACAUGAGUUGUGCAGUGACAGGGAACCCCCGACCCCAUGUUACCUGGUACAGGAAUAACAUUAGCCUGAACACCAACACUAACUACUUCAUAUCCAACACAUGCGGGGUCUGCUCCAUGGUGAUACUCAAAGUUGGGCCCAAUGACGAUGGGGAAUACAUGGUCACUGCAGAAAACUCAGUGGGCAGAGUGGACUGUUCAACCAAACUUGUUGUUGAAGAUUAGAGUGAUGCAGUGGGCUUGAUCUUCGGAGGACGCCCGUUUUAUUUGAAUAAUAGAAUUACCAGUAAAGGAUUUGCCAAUUUUUAAAACCUUUUUGUGAAUUAAUAUAUUAAUGUGUUUAAAUUAACCUUGGAGAAGAAAUUAAAAACAAAGAAGGACAUCUAAAAGCAUGGAUUCAUACUAGAUCUUCUUGUUUUUGAGUGUGAAUUUUGCCUGAUUUACUUACUGGAUGCAAAGAGCACUCUAAAAAGAGACAUCCGAUUCAACAGUAAUGAUAUGCUUAUCUUGCAUCCAAACAUGUUUAUUCAUUGACCUAUUUUUCGCUGAGCUGCAAUUGGAGUUUGUUUUCUCUGCUAAGACAGAAACUAUGCUGGUUUCUCUGAAGUAAAAACAUCUUGGAAAAUUGACAGUAUGACAGAAUUGGCUUUGACUGAGUUUUUGUAUGUCUGUUUGAUUCAUUAAUCGUAUUGCCAAAAUAUAAAUAAAUUCUUCCUGUUUAGCAGAAA